GUGAAAGUGCAGUGGUGCAAGGAAAAUGGGGUUGAUAUUAUUUAUUAUUAUUGCGUACAUUGCUGCGUGUGCGGGGGAAAGUGUUUGUCCAAAGCAAUGCGACUGUGACAUGGAAAAUGAACUGAACAGAGCGACCUGCGUGGACCAGAACAUCGUGAGUGUAGGGGUGGGGGUGCCCAAAGAAGUUCAAGUUUACAGCUUGAGCCAUAAUGUUCUUAGUGAACUUGACAACUUUUGUUUUAAGGACCUAGGCUAUACAUCAAUACAGAUACUAAAUCUAUCUUAUAAUCUAAUAUUCUGGAUUGGUCUGCACGCUUUCGCGGGUCUUGAUAACUUAGUUUAUUUGGACCUAAGCAGUAACAGACUACGUUAUAUCCCAGGCGAUCUGUUUUGGGACACACCGCAUUUGGACACAUUAGAUCUGUCGGGAAAUGUAUUUGAGAGCCUCAAGAAUGAACCAUUCUUAAUGCACACAAAUUUGCAGAUUUUAAACCUCAACAACUGCCGUAUAAAAUCAUUGCCCGAUCGACUGUUUACUCGUCUGCCGAAUUUAAAGAAGAUAGAUUUGAGCGAAAAUUACAUGAUUUCCAUAAAUGUGGAUAUUUUACGACCGUUGAGAAAAUUGGACAGAAUAGAACUUCGUAACGAAUAUUGGCAGUGCAAUCCGAGUUUUAUAGCAGUUGAGUCAUGGAUCGUGUCUCGCGGCAUCACCUACACCAGACAGUGUAAGAAGAAACUACCAAAAAUGUCAGAAAAAAUGAUUUCUAUAGUAACAGAAACUAGAGAACCAGUUGAUAUCAAUCGAGUUUGGAAUAUAACAAAAAAUGUAACAGAACAGACGCUGUCACCGACCACACCUCUAACGCCGUUUAAGAAAUUCGAUAAAGAAUUCUCCGCGUUUCAAGCGUUCGUUAUUGGUUUAGAAGUGGGUCUAGCUAUCGGCGUGGUUGGCACCUACAUAUGGUUACGUCAGUUCUGUAAAUGCGGGAAUUUGUUCUGCUCACGGAACGACAGACAACGUAGAAGAACGCGAAGACAUAACGACAAUGAUUUGAGAGCUAAUUUACUAUGGAACAAUAUUUUGAAUCCUAAUUUGGAAACUCCACCUCAGUACCGACGGCAACUGUCUUUACCUGAGAGAGAAGUUCCUAACGGCGGGCAGCGUGUGAGGGAAACUGCGCUACAAGCCGAUGCUAUAAGAGUUCCAAACCGCUCAGAGACUCCGCCGCCACCUUACAGUGAAUGUAGAAUCAAUAUUUAGGGUCUAAAAGUUAAAAGACAUUUAAUUUUUGAUUUUAUUUGACUUAGAAAAUAGUGCACUUUAGAAAAGGACAUGGAAUUGUCCUGGACUGUGUUGUUUAAGAAUAUUGGUAAGAAUCGGAUUAUUUCAUAAUUAUUCAUAGAAAUCAACUAAUUUAUAUCUUAAACAUUAAGCUCUCGUUAAAAUUGUUUAAUCUAGACUUGAAAAAUCUUUAUUUUGAUAGUUUUUUAACGUAUGUGCAAAGUGUGGUUGAGUAAAAUAUAAAAUAUUGGUAGGUUAAGAUAAGAUAAAUACCGAGCAUAAAAGUGAACGCACUAACAGUCUGGUCUUUGUUAAGUUUUCACUUGUCUGUUGCACUUUAAUUAUCUCUUACCAAGAUAAAAAUGAUAUUUUACACAAAGACUAUUGAAAAGUUUUAUAAAAACCUACUCAUACUCAUUACUAUAGGUUAUCAAUGCUAUUGAAAUUAAAAAAUGUAUGGAUUAUGUUUUCAUUCAAACAUAGAUUGAUAAAUAAAACAAAACAAAUUUGAAUAAUUUUUACUUUAUAAAUAUCAAUAUCACAAUUCCAUUUUGUAUCAAAAAUUACAAUCUGUCGAAAUUAUAUAUUUCCAUAAUUCUAAGUCAGACUCGUAUUAAAUAGAAUUUAAUAUAAAUUCUUAUAUAAAAAACAGAUACAAUUUAGGUAACUAGAUAAAAUUUUGUAAAUGUUCUAACACAACCUAAUGGCAACUGGAAAUCAAAUCACUACUCUAUGGCAUGCCUCUGGCAAUACUGUUUCUAUAAUUUACAUUGUCUAUUAAAAUAUUUCGCAUAAAAAAAUGUCACAUGUUUCAGUUAAUUCAUUGUCACUAUUUAUUUUUAUUUGUGUAUUGUCAUAUUAUAAAAAUAUAAAUAAUAAAAAAUAUAUUAAAAUUAAUGACUUACAUGUAAAUUGUUAUAUUGAAAAUACAUCUCUAAAAAGGAAUGUAUAAUAAAGGUAUCUGUCAAUAAUCAACUUAAUUAUUUCGAAUAGAGGAACAUAAACGAUGGUUUUAAUAACAUUAAAAAACAUAUGUACGUCAAAACGGAAUUUUAAACUCUUAUAAAUUAAAUAUAUUUACUUUUAAGUCUUAAAAGUAAUAGAUUUUUUAUAUACAACUUAUAAAUACAUAUUCAG